AUGAGGGUGGAGACGGAGCAAUGUCCAGACGACGUCGAGACCCAGAUCGUUGCGAGAUCCAGAUCCAGAUCAAGAUCCGGUCGUCGAGCAUGCUUGGUGCAGGCGGAUGGCCCUGACGCUGAGGGCUGCCCUGGCUCAAUACCAGAGUCGCCGGUGGUGCCUGGCAGUCCACCGGAACUGUAUGCCAGGCCGACGGUUGUUGAGGACAGUGGGGGCGAAGUGGUGCAGGCGGAGUGUGAAAGCGGACAAGGUGGGUUCCGUGCCUUGCAGUUCUCCGACUAUGAGCAGUUGUACGGACGAUGGACACGGGGAGGCUUGGCGGACAGUGAGAUCCGUGACAUCGGCGGGGAGGAGCUCCUUGACCUCAUGGAGGCCCAGAAGGCUCUGGACCAAGGUCCGGGAGAGAACACACAGCAACUGCUGGGACGGGGGACGAGCGCCGCUCCUUCCUCCUCGGAAGACCAGGUGACCUUCGUGCCAACCUCCACUACCACUACGACAGGGCUACAAGGGGUGGAUACGCUUUCGGAAGGGUCUAUGGGCAUGGCUGAGGGAUAUGUCAGCAUGGAGCAGUUUGAGGACUUGGUGGCCAUGAACAUGGGUGACCUGGUUGAGAGAGCUCUUGAAGGUGUGUCCACUGACGAGGAGUAG